UAUGUUAGAUAGAUGUCUCCGAUACUAUCACAAUUACAUACUAUCAAUGUUCAUUUCUCCUACCAGUAAAUUAGAUUAUGAUAAAUUUAGUGCCAUAUGAACCAUGCUUCAUAUUUUCAAUCAUAUUUGCAGUGCUUCAAAUAUUAUUUGCUCAUAAAGCCUUUUUGACUUUAAGCUUUUAAACUUGGAUAGCAGGAAGAAUACUUAGUUGUAUCGGAGCAACACAUAUAUCUGCUAAGAGAACAUAAAUCAUAGCUGAUUAAUUGGCAUAUUUAGCAUUCCCAAUAAUAGUGUUUUAACAUGGAUUUCUUACAGCCUUAUUGCUUAGUGUGAACAAUUAUAUGGAAAUGUAUUCAGAAAAAUAUAAAGAUGUAAUAUAUAGAUAUUCAAAGUAUCUAGCUCUGCAUAGUGGGACACACUGAAAUAUUCUUGACCUACACAGCAUGUUAUUUAUUUCCAGAAUUUUUUGUAAUUAAUAUUCAUAUAUGAAAGGAUAUCAUCAUGCUUAAUUUUAUGGGCUUAGUUGUUUUAUCAAUUAUAAGUGGUGUUUUAAUUGGUUUUUAAUGUAAGAUGUGAU